AUGAGUACCUCGCUUCUAAGUAGCUGGCCCAUUUUUAGUUUAUUAGAACCAGAAUUUGCAUCAUGUAUUCAUAUGGUUUUUGUAUUUGGUGACUCAGGUAAUGAAGCUUUAAUUGUGACAAAGGAUGACAUGGUAUAUGGCUUGGGUAGCAAUAAUUGUGGUUGUUUGGGAAUUGGAAAUGAAAUCCCUACAUUAUAUCCAGUGAAAGUAAAGGCCCUGUGCAAAAAGUAUGUAAGGACAUUUGCUUAUGGCAGUAUUGAUAUUGACAGUGGAUGUCACGGAAAUCACGUUCUGGCACUUACAAAUAAUGGAAAGGUAUAUUCCUGGGGUAACAACUCUUAUGGCCAACUGGGGUACGAAGCUCUAGAUAAUGUAUUAAUGCCUACUCUAGUGGAGAUACCAAUUUGGGCAAGCUGUAGGGUCACCACGUGCAUCAUAGAUAUUGCAUGCGGGAGUUGCCAUUCUGUGGCUCUGACUGAUGCUGGCGAAGUAUUCGUUUGGGGAAGACAUAAUUGUAGACAAGUCCGCUUUUGGGAAGAUUUUGACAAUGUACCCAGGUUUGUCAACUGCUUGGGUACAAACAAAGUUGCCAGCUUCUCUUGUGGUGAUACCUUCACUAUGAUCGUCACCACAAAUUGUAGGGUAUAUUGUUUUGGCGAUAACGAUGUUGGUCAGUUGGGGAUAGGCAAUCGCAACGCCCGUUUUAAAAUGGAGAAAGUCACUUCGUUAAAAAACACUGUGAUAGUUAAGGUGGCUUGCGGAUACGCUCACACGCUGGCGCUCACGGACGAAGGAGAGCUCUACGUCUGGGGCAGCAAUAGUCACGGCCAGUUGGGAAUAGGCAACAAGACGGACACCCCUACUCCAGUCAUGGUAAAACAUGAAAUGGGAAGGGUGCUCGAUAUCGCCGCUCUACAUUACAAUAAUAUAAGCAUCGCUGUCGGUGAGGCAGAACGUAUUUACAUCUGGGGUCAGUGCCGCGAUCAGAGUAUUACAAGCCCAAUCAUCACUCCGUUCUCGAGCAUAUAUGAAGCGUUUGCAUACCAUUCAUUAUCAAGAGUUAUGCACAAACCGUUGAUCCUGCGUGAGAAUAAACAGUGUGACAUAUUGGAAUGCCUGAGAAUUGCAUUCGACGAUCCCUCGACCAGCGAUCUCAAGAUACAAAUGAAGGACCAAUGUAUCCAUGUGCACAAGGCCAUCUUGAAAAUCCGUUCUGAGUAUUUUAAAUCCAUGUUUGCACAUGAUUGGACAGAAAGCAACGAAAGUGUCAUCAAACAUAAUCAAUUUUCAUAUGUUGUUUACAAGGCUUUUCUGAAUUAUCUAUAUACAGAUACAAUUAAUUUAUCCUGGAAGCAAGUCAUUGAACUUUGGAAAUUAGCUGAUAGCUACUGUGACUUUAAUCUCAAGAAACGCUGUAUGCAGAUGAUAAAGCAAGGAAUUACCGUAUCGAAUGUAGCGUAUUUGUACAACAUCGCAAUCGAGUUUAACGAGAAGGAGCUAGAAAACGUCUGCUUCAAAUUUGCCUUAAAUCACAUGACGGCUGUGACGCAGACAGAAGAUUUCGUCGAGUUAAAGUACGAAAUAGUAAAAGCAUUUAUAAUUAAGGCGGCCAAGAAAGGAGCUUUUAGAACGUAA